UUGAAAAAAUUUUUAUUGUUAAUUUUCUUAACAUUUCAGUCAUAAAAAUGAUGAUAUUGUUCUAACAUAUAUUUGUAUAAUUGUUCUACAUAUUCUUUUAAUUCAUAUAAAAACAAUUCAUUUAAAUUAAAAUUUUAAUUAAAUACUUGAGUAAAUUAAAUAUACUUAAUACUAAUAUUAUUUUAUAUACUAAAUUACUUUGUUGUAUACGUAAUUUAUUAAUUCAUGAUUUAAUGUUUUAUUUCUAUUUUAAGAUGAACAUGAAAAACGUUAUUUCAUAUUAUAUUUUUUCUGUUACAUGAUAUGAUAUGUUUGUGUGUUAAUUACUUAAUCAAUUAUUAUAUUGAUCAGUUAUAUUAAAAUUUAUGUAAGAUUAUUUAUAAAAAGUGUUAAAUAUUGAUGUUACAAUAUACUUUUUGUUAUCAAAAAAUGAGUAAAUAGUUUGUAAAAUGCAGAUGUAGAUAUUCAAUUGUUAAUUCAGGUAAUAUUAAUUCUUGUUUAUAUUAAAAAAAAAAUUGUUUCUUUCAAGCAAGUUGUUUACUUAUUUUUACUUCAUUUAUUCCUUAAUAUAUUUAAAUUCUUGCUAUAUAUAUUAUAUAUUUAAAAAUGAAUCAUAAUUUUUAAAAUUUUAUGAAAUUUUAAAAAUACAUUACAUUAAAAGUUUUUUUCUAUUAUAUUAAAAAUUCAAUUUUAUUUUAUUAAUUUGUAUUUCUGUUAAGAUUUCUUUAAAUUAAAUAAAUUAAUUUAAUGAAAUUAAUAAUUAAAUAUUAUAUUAAAAUAUUAAUUUGCAAAUUGUAUAAACAAAUAUUCUGCAAAUUCUUAUUAAAUUAUAUAAAUAUAAAGAAAAUAAUAAAUAAAUAUAUUUAAUUUCAAAUUUGUAAUAUAUUUAUGUAUAAUAUGUAUUAGAUGUUUGAUUUCAUCUAUGUCUAGAUUUAUAUAUCUGAAUUAUAUGUAUAUAUAUAAUUCAAAAAAGUAAAUUCAUUUUAAAAUAUAUUUUUAGAAAUUAUAUUUUUUAUUUAUAUUUUACUUUUUAUUUAUUCAAUUAUUAUAAAACAAUAUAUAAAAUAUAUUUAUUAUAUAUCUUAAAAAAAUAAAAUAUAUUAAAACAAUUAUUCAUAUUUCAUAUGUUAUCACAAUUAAAUUACAUUAAUUUUUUAAAUGCUAAAAAACUAAACUAUUAUAAUAAUGUUUAAAAUAUGUUUCUAUAAAAAAAUUUCAAAUAAAAGAAAGAUAUUUUCGAAGUAUCUUUAAAAUGAUCAUAUAAGUAUAACGAGGGUUGUCUUUGAUUUAUGAUGUAACGUCAUUUAACUGAACUUGGAGAUUUAUCUCAACCUGUGAAUAGUCUUUUUAUGACUUUGAUACGAUUUGAACACAAACGACCUUGCUCCUAUAAUUCAUGGGAAUUGUUCAAUUAUUUUAAAUAAAUAAUAUAUAUAAUUCCAAUUUUUUUCAGUAAUUUCGUAUCAUAAAACUUUAAGAAAGAAUAUUUUUUAUUAUUUUAAUUUUUUUUAUUGUUCUUUAUUGUAACAGUAUAUAUUUCUUGUAUUGUAUUGUUGUAAAUUUCCAGCAAAAUAUUAAGGACUGUAAUAAGAAUAUCAAGAUUUAAAAAAUGACCUUGUAUCUUUAAUCCAUCAUAAUUAUUUGUUAUGCAAAUAUAUAAUCCAUAAAUCAGCAUUGAAUAAUUAUAUUAAUUUUUAUGCUAAGAAAAUUAUAUAUUUCUUUUUUUAUUUAAUCUAAGAUUAAAAUUAUUUUUGCUAUAUGUCCGUACUUUAUUUAUGAUAAAGUACAUAACGAAUUAAUUUUAUAAUUAUUACAAAUAAUAUGAGAUGGAAUCGUAUCGUAUCGACGGCGAGAUUACAAAAACUGCUUCCCUUAUCACAGUAGAUAACGAUGGCGAUAUCAGUGACUCAAAGCUAGCAUGAAAAUAACCCAUUUGGUUUAUAACAAUUGAAAUGUAACGUUAAUAUAAUUAAUAUUAAUUUUUACUAUGCAAUUAGAUAUUUUUAAUAAUUUUAUAUAUUAAUUAAAAUUGGAAAUCGAUUAACACAUCUUUUAUAAGAUAUUUUGAUUAUUUCUUAAAAAUGUAGAAAUACAUAGUACGCAUUAUAUUAUAUGGAAUAAUUUUAUAAUUAAUAAUAAUUAUUCUUUUAUUAUAAAAUAUGUUAGAAAAUGUAUAUAUAAUAUAAAAUUAAUUAUCUAAUGAAUAAAAAAUUUUAAAAAAUAAGUUAAUAGAAUAGCAUCAUUAACACUGUAACGUUUUUUUUAUGAAUACUUUUACGUAACACUUGGGUAAGGACUAUCGAUAAAUUUUCAUGAUGUUGUUUGCUAUUUUUACAUAUUUUCUCUGUAUGUAUUAUUCUUUACAAAUAAUUUGAAAAUAUACAAUUCGAAAAUAAAUGAAAUAUUCGAAAGUUUUUUAAUAAAUUGAAAAUAUAUAUAUAGUUGAUUUUAAUACUAACUAUAUUAAACAUAAAUCUGGCAACAAUGAAAGGGUUCAGUCUCGAAGCAUCUUACAACCACUAUGUAAGACCGGCCUUUAUCAAAUGGCGGCAGAGGAAUAAACGAAAUUCUCGCGGCUGUUGGACCGGCGGCGUGAACGUAAUCACAGCGUUCGUGGCCUCGCAGCAGUUUGACCAAUAAUAGCAAGUGAUUAGGUCACAUGAUCAUAUAGACCAAUCAGAUGGCUAGUCUAAUGUCACGGCAACUAUACGGAACCAGUCGGACAUUUUCUGACAAGCGUAGAAAAACUUCUCGUCAACAGCAGCCGCCAUUUUACGUUAGCCGAUACUCGUGCGGUGCAGAACUCUCGCGAUCGCUUUUCCCGAGCGAAUUUCUGUGGCGCGCGGUGGCCGCCCCGGAGCCGACUCAUUUGUUCGUCUUUGCCUCCUGGCGUCCGUGAUUGCCUCGAAUGUGUGGGGAAAGCGAGCCGCGUCCGCGGUGAUCAUUCGCGCGCCCCGUGUCGCAGUGUACCAAGGCGAGAGAAGAGGAGAGAAAGAUGGUGCCAGCGGGCCUCAAGAGCGAUAUCGUUGCUGCGAGCUAGCGCCGUGCGCGCAGCCAGUCCGCCACACUUGAGUGUUUGACGAGUCGUGAGCGACCGUCUAGACCGAAUAUAACGUGAGAACUCGUUUGGUGGUGUGUGCAUUUAAUCUGAGUGGUGAUCCUCAGAAUUACGAUACUGAUAGUCUUAUUAAUUUCUCGGCCUGUCCCGUUCUCGCGCGAGUGGUCCGUGCAUCUAUCGAAAAAUUUACUGUGUGUGUAGGCUUUAGCGCGGGGUUCGACGUACCCCCGACGAUGCCCAAUGGUUGAUCGUGUAUCGAAGCGUGCUCGGGGACGCUCCACGCGCCGCGGUUUUCAUUGUUAUUGUCAUGCUUGCGAAUAUGCUAAGAGCUUGGUGAAUUUUUGCGGCUUCACCGAGAAGGAGGAAGCAGCAAUACUAGCAGUAAUAGCAACAGCAGCAGCAAUCUUCUAGUGGCGUAGUGCAGCGUUUCGCCCGUGUGUGUACCCGUGUAUACGUGCCUGCGUGCGUGUCUGCCUGCGUGCGUGCGUGCGUGCGGUCGUCCCGACUUGCUGCCGCCGCCGCCGCGUACUUGCUACCGGGAGUAAACAGCCUGAAAGAAGAAAUAAUUAAUCCUAUAAAGAAACCAUGGCCGACCACCUGGUGGACGGCCCGCCGAAUAAGCGGCCAAAGCUGGGGGAUCCUUUUCAGGGGACUUCGGAUUCCGCAGUGGGUAUGGCGCCUCUAAUGAUGCACCAUGCUUAUACAAACUACGGGGGAGGUGGCAGUGGUAACAUGCAACAAAUGCAGGGCCCGCCACAACAACAACAUCUACAACAGCAUCAGCUGCAGCCACAUUGGAACAACCAUACCAUCCAGAAAAGAAAUUAUAUAACAAACACAGAUAUGUUUGAUCUUGAAAAUGAUCUACCUGAUGAUCUAUUGUCAUCGGGGUCUUGGGGUUCUGCAACUGAAAGUGCUAAACCACCAGCAACAGGUCCAGGUCCAGGGCAACAAAAUGGUGCUCUUGAUUCAGAACUUAGACAGCAUGUUCAACAGCAACAGCAACUUUCGCAUCAUCUCAUACAACAACAAGGCAACAAAAAUUUGGUUGCCAAUUCAUUAGCAAUGGCUGCUGGAACUUUGGGUAAUAAAAGUCCAAAUAUGCAAUCUCCACCAAAUGUUUCUGUCUCUAAAGUUGUUGAUCCACAAAUGGUUGUGAGUUUGGGAAAUCUACCAAGUAGUAUAGCCAGUUCCUUGGCAAAUAAUCAAAUGUCCAUUGCUAAUUCGAUGGGAGGCCUUCAAUCGUCAAUGAGCAUGGCUGGAAGUAAUCCUACCAUGUCAAUGCCAGGAGGAAUUAAUUCUGCUCUAGUUAUGACCAGCAGUGCUAGUGGAAAUAACACUAUGGGUGGAAUGGCAGGAGGAAGUUUAAUUGUAACCAACAGUUUGAAUAAACAACCUAUAAAUACUGUAACUAUGAUGGGCCCUAAUACUCAAGGAAUUCAUCAUCCUAGUGGACCACAUGGUGUUGCCCAAAUGCAAAAUGGACCUGGAAUAAUGAAUACUAGGGCUGUAACAAUGCAACAACAACAACAAGCUCAUAUGGUUGGUCCAGCUCGAGGUCAAAGUCCACAUCAACAAGUACAUCAAGUUGGUAUUGUUGGUCCUGGUCAAGGAGGUCCAAGAAUCCAGGCUCCUCCAAAUAUGACAAGCAUGCCAAAUAUGGGACAAAUAGGUGCAUCAAGUCCUUAUUAUGGAUCUCCAGCUAGUGGACAAGGGCCUGGUGUUACAGUAUGUACUAAUAGUCCUGUUGGAGUUGUUGCACCACAACAAAAAGGAGUGGGGACAAAUAUGACUGCUAUGCAAGGUAGCAGAUUUGGAGGAACUGGUGGUCCUAUUGGUUCUACAAAUGUUGUGGGUGGACAAGAAGGUGGUAUGGCUCAACAAGCUCAACCACCUGCACCAAGCCCAGCUCAACCUCAAUCUGGUGCACCAAGUGGAGGUCAACCUGGUCCACAACAAGCUACUCAGGGUCAAAUGCCUGGCACCGGUGCUCCAACUGGUACUACAAAAUCAACUGCUGAUCCAGAAAAACGAAAACUUAUCCAACAACAAUUAGUUCUUUUACUUCAUGCACAUAAAUGCCAACGACGUGAAAGUCAAGCAAAUGGUGAUGUCUGGCAAUGUUCGUUGCCAGAUUGUAAAACUAUGAAAAAUGUAUUAACUCAUAUGACUGCUUGUCAAGCAGGGAAAAAUUGUACGGUACCACAUUGUAGCUCUUCAAGACAAAUUAUUAGUCAUUGGAAACAUUGUAAUCGCAAUGAUUGUCCUGUAUGCCUACCUUUAAAGCAAGCAAAUAAGAAUAAAACGACAAAUACUGCUGCAGCAUCUACAACUCAACCAAAUAGCCAACCAAAUCCGAGUCAAACCGAAAUGAGGAGAGCGUAUGAUGCAUUGGGAAUUCCAUGUCCUACUACAACGCCUGGUUUAGUAGCAAGCCAAUGUGUUACUAGAAGAAUGCCAACACCAGGCAUGCAAGGAACACCCGGAACUAUAGGAAAUGUCCGAUUAACUCAACCUCAAACUCAGACUGCACCAGGUCAAUCCAUAGUUGGUGCCGGACAACAAGUUGUUGCUCCAAAUGUUUCUCUUCCUUUAAAUCCGGAUCCUAAUACAGUUGGUGUAGCUAGUAAUCAAGCAGCACCUACCACUGGUCCCACACCUGCUGCUGCAGCAACUGCUGCAAACAUACAACAAUCUGUUAAUAUGCAACAAUUAUUUGGUUUAAAUGAUUCAGGACAACUUAGUGUUCCAAAUGAAAAUAGAUUGGCUAAUCUUCAACUUCCAGCUGGACUUCAACCAGGUCAAGUAACAGCAACAUCGGUACAAGAAUCAAAAGAUUGGCAUCAAACUGUAACACCAGAUCUUAGAAAUCAUCUUGUUCAUAAAUUAGUUCAAGCAAUAUUUCCAACUCCUGAUCCACAGGCUAUGCUCGAUAAAAGAAUGCAUAAUCUUGUUGCAUAUGCAAGAAAAGUUGAAGGUGAUAUGUAUGAAAUGGCCAAUUCGAGAUCAGAGUAUUACCAUUUGCUUGCCGAAAAAAUUUACAAAAUUCAAAAAGAAUUGGAAGAAAAACGACAAAAACGAAAGGAACAACAGCAACAAUUACAUGCUCAACAACAUCAGCAACAACAACCUCAACCUGCAGGAACAUCUGGUCCAGGUUUAAGGCCAUGUGCUCCUCCAGGUGUUGGUACUGUCCCGCCAUCACGACCAGUUGGAACAGUUACCCCUAGUUUACGUAGUCAUUCACCAAGUAUGGGACAACUUGGAUCUUUACCUACAAUGGGCAUUCCUCAACAUAACAGAAUGCAAUUUCCACAACAACAACAAACGCAACAACAAGUACAAGUUCAAGCCCAAACUAAUGUCCAAGCUCAGGCUCAAGCACAAGCUCAAGCCCAAAUGCAGCAGCAACAACAACAACAACAGCAACAGCAGCAAGGGAUUUUAGUUGGUCCAUCUGGUCCUAGUCCAAAUGGACAGUCGAGUUCCAAUCCCAAUGUGGUUCCAAAUCCUGGUCUUAGUCCUUUUGGACAAGCACAAAUGUCACAAGCAAGUUUAACCACUACUACUACGUCUGCAACAACUAGUCAAUUCCCAACCUCAAAUGGUACUUCUGGUUUACCUAACAGUCCUUUACAAAAUCAACAUCAAUUUCCUGAUAUUAUGAAAGCUAGACUGACUCAAGCAGCAAUUGUGCAUCAACAUCAACAACAACAACAGCAACAACCAUCACAACCUCAAUCUCAACAACAACCAAGUCAGUCGCAAUUACAGCAACCAACAAGUACUUCAAAUCAAAGCGCUACAACAACCUCAAUGCCACAAGCGCCAUCACCUUUUAGUGGUAUGCAACAGCAAAGUAAUCAACAACAAAAUCAAUUUAACAAUAGUCGGCCUCUAUCAGUUUCAACACCUAAUGAUAAUGGCAUCAGCACAUCAACUCCACAAACAAUACCACCUCCUGCUUCUAGUGGACCUAGUCCUGGUCCGGUAACAACGACAAAUGGACCUCAAUCUACAACUUCCACACCUAAUACACCACUAGUUCCUUCAUUAAUGACUCCGAAUCAAACAGUUUCUUCCGCUAAUCAAACUCCACCUCAUCCUGCUACUACACCAUCUCCUGCCGGUCUUGCAAGUCUUGGGAAAGGUAUGACAUCUCAAGAAAGGGCUGCAUUAAAUGCACCGAGAACUUCAUCCAUGUCUUCGCAAAUGGCUGCUAUUACAGCUGCUUUAGAUCGUGAUAAUUCUCCUAGUCCACCAAUGAAUAAUAAUAAGGGAAAAUUGGAUUCCAUUAAAGAAGAAAAUAUAAAAAUGGAAAUCAAAACUCAAGAAGAUGGUUCUGAGAAUCAUAGAAUGGAUGGAGGUAAAAGUGUUAAUAAUGAUGUAUCUACUAAAACAGAAAAUAAAAUGGAACCAAUGGAAGAAGGAUCCAGUGAGAGUAUCAUAAAAGAAGAAUCCACUGGUAUCAAAGAACCUGUAACUCCAAUAUCCAGUCAAGAUACCACAGAUAUUAAACCAUUGGUUCCUGAACCGAUACAACCAAGCGGAACAACGGACAAAAAAAGGUUGUGUUUGUUUAAACCUGAUGAAUUACGUCAAGCAUUAAUGCCAACAUUAGAAAAACUUUAUCGUCAAGAUCCGGAAUCCAUACCAUUUAGACAACCUGUCGAUCCCCAAGCGUUAGGAAUUCCAGAUUAUUUCGAUAUUGUUAAAAAACCAAUGGAUCUUUCAACGAUUAAAAGAAAAUUGGAUACUGGACAGUAUAGUGAUCCAUGGGAAUAUGUAGAUGAUGUAUGGAUGAUGUUUGACAAUGCGUGGCUUUACAAUCGUAAAACUUCACGCGUUUAUAGAUAUUGUACAAAGCUUUCUGAAGUCUUUGAGCAAGAAAUAGAUCCUGUAAUGCAAGCCUUGGGAUAUUGUUGUGGAAGAAAAUACACAUUUAAUCCACAAGUACUAUGUUGUUAUGGAAAACAACUUUGUACAAUACCAAGAGAUGCGAAGUACUACUCCUAUCAAAAUAGUAGUUUAAAGGCAUAUGGUCUUGUUUCCGACAGAUACACCUUCUGUCAGAAAUGUUUCAACGACAUUCCUGGUGACACUGUGACGUUAGGAGACGAUCCAACACAACCCCAAACUGCCAUUAAAAAGGAACAGUUCCAGGAAAUGAAGAACGAUCAUUUGGAAUUGGAGCCUUUUGUUUCAUGUACAGAUUGCCGUAGAAAGGUACAUCAAAUUUGUGUACUACAUAUGGAAACAAUUUGGCCAUUAGGAUUUACUUGUGAUAAUUGCUUAAAAAAGAAAGGUCAAAAACGUAAAGAGAAUAAAUUUAAUGCUAAACGUCUACCGGUUACUAAAUUAGGUACCUAUAUUGAAACACGUGUGAACAAUUUCUUGAAGAAAAAAGAAGCUGGUGCUGGAGAAGUUGCAAUUAGAGUAGUAGCAUCUAGCGAUAAAGUUGUUGAAGUGAAGCCAGGAAUGAGAAGCCGAUUUGUAGAAAAUGGUGAUAUGCCUGGUGAAUUUCCUUACAGAGCGAAAGCUUUGUUUGCAUUUGAAGAAGUUGAUGGUACAGAUGUAUGUUUUUUCGGUAUGCAUGUACAAGAAUAUGGCAGUGAAUGUACACCACCUAAUACUCGAAGAGUUUACAUUGCGUAUUUGGAUUCAGUACACUUUUUCCGGCCUAGACAGUUUCGAACGGCAGUAUAUCAUGAAAUUCUUCUUGGAUAUUUGGAUUAUGCAAAACAAUUAGGAUAUACAAUGGCUCAUAUCUGGGCCUGUCCUCCUUCUGAAGGUGAUGAUUACAUUUUUCACUGCCAUCCUCAAGAACAAAAGAUUCCAAAGCCUAAAAGAUUGCAAGAAUGGUAUAAGAAAAUGUUGGACAAAGGAAUGGUUGAAAGGAUCGUACUUGAUUAUAAAGAUAUUUUAAAACAAGCAAUGGAAGAUAAACUUUCAUCAGCAGCUGAUUUACCAUAUUUUGAAGGUGAUUUUUGGCCCAAUGUUUUAGAAGAAAGCAUUAAAGAAUUAGAUCAAGAAGAAGAGGAAAAACGUAAACAAGCAGAAGCUGCGGAAGCUGCAGCUGCUAAUGCAAUUUUCUCAUUAACCGAAGAUUCUGAAACAGGACCAGAUGGCAAAAAGAAAGGACAAAAGAAAGCUAAAAAGUCUAAUAAAUCCAAAGCAAAUCAAAGAAAAAAUAGUAAAAAAUCUAAUACUCCACAAACAGGAAAUGAUCUCUCUGCAAAAAUUUUUGCUACUAUGGAAAAACAUAAAGAAGUAUUUUUUGUUAUUAGGUUGCAUAGUGCUCAAAGUGCAGCCAGUUUAGCACCUAUUCAAGAUCCUGAUCCCGUUAUUAAUUGUGAUCUUAUGGAUGGUCGUGAUGCUUUCCUUACAAUGGCCAGAGAAAAACAUUAUGAAUUUUCUUCUUUAAGGCGUGCAAAAUUUAGUUCUAUGUCUAUGUUAUAUGAAUUGCACAAUCAAGGUCAAGACAAAUUUGUUUAUACUUGUAAUAAUUGUAAGAGUCACGUAGAAACAAGAUAUCAUUGUACAGUUUGUGAUGACUUUGAUCUGUGUAUAAGUUGUAAGGAAAAAGAUGGUCAUCCACAUCAUAUGGAAAAACUUGGUUUGGAUUUGGAUGACGGUUCAUCGCCGGCCGAUGCUAAACAAUCUAAUCCACAGGAAGCACGUAAACUUUCAAUACAAAGAUGUAUUCAAUCGUUGGUGCAUGCAUGUCAAUGCAGAGAUGCUAAUUGUCGUUUAACAAGCUGUCAAAAGAUGAAAAGAGUUGUAACACAUACUAAAGUUUGUAAACGAAAGACAAAUGGUGGUUGCCCAAUAUGUAAACAAUUGAUAGCAUUGUGCUGUUAUCAUGCUAAACACUGCCAAGAGACUAAAUGUCUUGUUCCAUUCUGUUCGAACAUUAAGCAUAAGCUAAAACAACAACAACUUCAACAACGGUUACAGCAAGCGCAGUUAUUAAGGAGACGAAUGGCUGUGAUGAAUACUAGACCUACAGGUCCAGUGGGAGCGAUGCAAUCUGGACAACAGAGUUCGAACGUUACUAUGACCACUGGUGUUGCUAUGAAACCAGGAGUUAGUCCUACUAAUUUACCUUCACCACAUCAACCCGGAAUAGGAUUGAAACCUGGGACUCAAACACCACCUGCUCAUGUUCUUCAAGUUGUUAAGCAAGUACAAGAAGAAGCUGCAAGACAACAAGUACCACAUGGUUACGGUAAAGUAACACCAGGUGGUGGAGUUGGUGUUGGAGUUGGUGUAGGAGGACAAACAGGUGGUGUAAUGCCUCCACCUCAAAUGCAACGGCCAAUGCCCGUUCAAAUGCCAAAUCCUGGUGGUACACAUCUUAUUCCAAUGGAUCAAUGGACAGCAAGUAGGUAUCAACCGAAUGCAGUGAUGCAACAAAAUCCUGGUUUAAGACAACAAACGCCGCAGCAGUUAAUGCAGCAGCAACAACAACAUCAAGGACAACCAGGUAUAGCAAUGGGAGGACAAAUGCCGAGGCAAGCAGGAGUUCUCGGUGGUCCGGUUAGUCAAGUUGGACCACAAACUCAAACUAUGCACAAGCAUGUAUUGCAGCAACUUAUGCAAACUCUUAAGAAUCCCCAUACUCCUGAGCAGCAAAACCAAAUACUUCAAAUACUCAAAAGCAAUCCACCGAUUAUGGCUGCCUUUAUCAAACAACGGGCGCUUGCCGUUCAACAACAAAGCGGUCAAUAUGGCGGAGGAGUUGGCGGACCUUUGGGUCCUAAUCAGCCUCAGCAACAACCUGGUUUGCAGCAUAUGAUGUCUCAACAGCAACAGCAACAACAACAGCAGCAGCACCAACAACAGCAGCAACAUCAACAACAACAACAACAACAAGGUAGAAUGCAAAUACAAGCAAUGCUGAAUCAACAGCAGCAGCAGCAGCAACAGCAGCAGCAACCUGUUCAACAGCAAUCGCAAUGGUAUAAGCAACAAAUGCUGGUAAUGCAAAGACAGCAAGCUCAGCAGCAGCAGCAGCAACAACAACAGCAACAGCAGCAGCAGCAGCAGCAGCAACAAUUUACACAACCACCAGCACCGCCUUAUGGGCAACAACGACCCAUAAGGCCGUCCCUUCUUGGUAAGAAUUAUUUAAUUCUGGAGAAAACGAGAUUCGUUGAGCCGAUUGGUUCGUGGUCUAACGUUUGCCACGAUUCCGCGUAUUCUUCCUCAGGUUAUGGUGGCUUUAGCGAACAAGGAUACGGUCAACCCGGCUUAAAACCAACACCACCUCCGAUACCUUCUCCGCAAGGUGUGAUGGGACCUCCAGGGAUCUCUGUACAACAACAAUUAAUGCAAUCUGUUCGAUCACCACCACCAAUUCGUUCUCCUCAGCCAAAUCCUUCUCCACGACCGGUUCCAUCUCCGCGUAAUCAGCCAGUUCCUUCUCCUCGAUCAGGACCGGUACCAUCACCUCAUCAUCAUCCACCUCAUGGUACACCAACGCAUUCUCCAGCUCAUGAACUCGGUGGGCCAAGUGAAAUGAUGCUUUCGCAACUGAGUGGCGGAACAGGUGCACCGACCGGGCAUCCGGGCGCUAUGCCUCAUCAUCCAUCUCCAGCUCCGCCGCCUACUAGUGGCACAGACUCGAGUGAAGUGACGCCCAUGACACCGCAAGAUCAACUUUCAAAAUUUGUCGAAGGAUUGUAGUGACUGUUAGUGAAGUCGAUUAAUACGAGUGAUUACAUUAGUGGGCGAACGAUGAUCUCGCAUCAUAUGUUAACCGUUCACAAAAACGGUCGCUGUUCCAUCUCUCUGUCAUGAAAACAGAGAAAGUAACUUCCAUCCGUUCUGCGUUCCUAGCUUCGUGGAGAUCAGGUACAACUACUUACGUCCGGUACCCUGAUGCAUGAUAUUCAGAGACGAGUCAGAGUACUAUUGGUGCGACCAAAUUAAUCCGGAUGACGCGUGUUUCCUCUUUCUAUCUCCGAGUUAAGGUGCAGGAGCGAUACAGCGUAAUGUGGUGCUGCUUAGAUGCUCCGCGAAGAUUUUACAGCUGGCUCAAUGGACACUUGAACUUACGUUACUGUAUUCUCGUACCUCAACCUUGGCUCCCCAAUUAACAACCGGUGGAACGACGAGAAACAAUUAUUUGAAAUUAUACACACAGGAAAUCAAGAGAGACUAUUAAUACGUUCUCCCCGUAAAUACAUAUACAAAAAAAAAAAACACAUUAUGUCCCUGCCCUAUCUUUUACUCCCUUUAAACAUGACUUUUUCAUCUAUACCACCUUUUCCUCGCUGCUGCACGUGCAGGCUGAGUGAAAUCGUACAAAUGUGUUGUGUAUACUUAACGUUAAUUGAUAAUUAAUAGUUCAAAUAUUAUUAGCGUAGCGAUUAUAUGCAGUUAUUAUAUACCACUAUUAUUAUUAUCGUGACAAGAUGCAAAGUAUAUAACAAGAUAAAAUGGACUGUAUGAAAUGGAAAGAUAUUGAAAAAGAAAUCAACAACAUUGUAUGUAAGGAAGGGAGAACAGAAUUUAGAGGAAAGUUAAGUAAUGUUAACUUAGGCUAAUUUGUUAUUAAGAGAUCGCUACGGUUGCCGAAGGUUGUACCUUAGCACCAUUAAAUUUUAUGGAUCAUUCUGAAAUUAAUCCUCAAAUAAUCUGUUGAAUCGUCCUAAGAAAGAUGAUUCUCUCAUAACAGGACAGGCGAGACAACGCGGAUUAACGGUGUCGCAACCAAAAAGUAGAAAUUCACGACAUGCUGCUAUUUGCUAUUAUGGGAGGAUUUAUAAAUCGUGUUAAUUUUGAAAGAAAAAAAGUUUUUCAAAUCGAGGGUCCAACAUGUACAGUUCAAUCAAAAUAUGUAGCUAUGAAGCGUAACCGAAAUGGACCCUCGCGUGAAAAGCGUUCUGUACAUACUAUACUAUUAUUACGAUAAUAAUAACGAUUAUUAUUAA